AACAUGAAAACGUAUUUCCGAACAAAAUCAUUGUGAAACAAACAAAAAACGGUAGUGCAAACAAAUAUAUAAAAUAAAAAGCAGACAAAAAAAUUUAAAACGAAAGAUAUAAAUAAAAAACUAAAAAAAAAUGUUUUAAAUAUAUUUAAGAUAAAAAUUCUUCAAGUGCUAAAAAAUUAAAUUGCUUAAAAUUUAAGUAAAAUAGUUUAAAAAAUAAACCAAAUCAUGGGUCUCGCCGAUAAAUUUCGUAAAAACAAACGCAACAGUCCCUCCAAAGGCAUUGAAUUAGAAAGGCGUCGUUCUAGCCAAAAUUUAGUUGUACCACCUGGCCAAGUCACCGAACAGUCGCUGCAAGUAUGGCGUGCCUUGCCUCCGCAAAUCAGACAUGAUCCUAGUAUGGUUUCAUUUCAAAUGGAAAAUGAACGUUUGCAUGGAUCUGCUGUACCCACCGAUGAUGAAUCCACCCUUCCCAACGAUUAUGAAUCCAGCCAUGAAGAUGAGAGAAGUUUUGUUGGUUCAGAGUUUAUAAACAUUAAAAAUUUACCUCGUUCAAAUCCAAAUGACAAUGAUCGAAAAAGUACCGACGAUGAAGGCACCCACUCGGAUCAUGAAAUGCCAAACUGUAACAGUGUGCAAAAACGCAUUGACAAAGAAGAAGCCAAAGCGAAAAAUAAACAAAAACGAAAUCGCAUAAAACUGGCGAAACGUUAUGGUUUGUUGGUGUUUUGGGUAUUUUCGGCGGUCGUUUUUAUGGUAUUCGAGGAAAAGCAUUUGUUGGAAAAGACUUUGGAAGUACCGCAAGAAAGAGGAAAAAAUUUUGUUUUACAUUCAAAACCCACGGGAGAUUUUAAUUUAAAAAUCUUUGGCUCAUUUAAUGAGUCUUUCUAUGAUGUCAAUGAAACGGAAAGUUUUCUAACUAUACAGCCUCAAAUAUCGUCGUAUACGCAAGGUUUUGAAAAUGCCACCAGUUUUAAGGACAUUUUGCAACCCUGGCUAAUACCCUUAGUCAAUGAAGAACUUUUCGAUUUUGCUCCUGUCGUUUCGCGUAAUUACACUUACACAAUGACCGAUGAGGUGAUGAGCGCUUUGGAUAGCAAAGAAACAGUUAUGCGUUUGAGAAUAUUUUCAAAUGUGAAAAAGGACAUGGCGAUUAAGAUGAUUUACAAUCCUUUGAUUAUAAAUGUAGCAACAGGCACUUUACUGGCGGCUUUAAUAUUGCUGACUUUCUAUGCUCUAUUGGUGUGGGAGGUCUUUGAAAGAACUUUUGUGGCAAUUGUCUGUUCUAUUCUGUCCAUUGCUGUUUUGGCCUGUUUUGAUGAUCGUCCCAAUAUGGAGGAAAUUGUACAAUGGAUGGACAUGGAAUUAUUAACCCUGCUCUUCUGCAUGAUGAUUUUAGUUGGCAUUUUAACGGAAACCGGAGUUUUCGAUUACUUAGCUGUGGUAGCGUAUGGAAUCUCCCAAGGAAAAACGUGGCCCAUGAUCUACAGUCUAUGCAUUAUAACAUGUUUUGUAUCGAGCUUUCUGGAUAACAUGACCACCGUUAUCCUAAUGACACCCGUUGCUAUACGUUUGUGUGAGGUUAUGGGCCUAGAUCCAGUGCCCGUACUAAUGGGCAUAAUUGUGCAUGCGAAUAUUGGAGGUUCUCUUACACCCAUUGGCGAUCCCAUUAGUAUAAUUAUAUGUUCAAAUCAUUUUAUAGCCGCCAAUGGUGUUACUUUUAUGAAAUUCGUGGCCCACACCAUACCUGGCGUGAUUUUGACUGUCCUACAGAGUUGUCUGUAUUUACGUUUGAUUUUUAGAGACAUUCAAUCAUUGCGCUUAAAUGAACCCAAAGAAAUUAAAGAUUUAAGACGUGAAAUACGUGUUUGGCAAAAGGGAGCCAAUUCGAUUUCCUCAUUUUCCAAAGAUGCCGAUUUAGUGCGUGAAACUUUGCUUAAGAAAGUUCGUAUUUUGAAACAUGCCCUGAAGCGGAAAUUAAGAGGUUUGGAUAAGACAGAUGUUUACGUACACACACUUGAAGAUUUAAAAGCUAAGUAUCCCAUUAAAGAUAAGAAACUACUUGCCCAAGCUUGUGGUGCUCUAGUGUUUGUCAUCAUAUGUUUCUUCAUACAAUCGGUACCCCAGCUGCGAACUCUACCCCUAGGCUGGGUAGCUCUACUCGGAGUUAUUGCUUUGCUAAUUAUACUCAAUCGUGAAGAUAUUGAACAUUUAAUGCAUCGCAUAGAAUGGACCACUUUGCUAUUCUUUGCCGCCAUGUUUGUGAUGAUGGAGUGUGUGGAGCGGUUGGGCCUCUUUACCUGGAUCGGUGAAGUUACCGAAAGAAUUAUCUUGUGUGUUGAUAAAAAGAAUCGUUUGGCAAUGGCCAUAUUCAUAAUUUUAUGGAUAUCUGCUUUGGCCUCGGCCAUUUUGGAUAGUAUUCCGGUAACAGCUAUGAUGGUUAAAGUGGUUGUGUCGUUGGUGGCCAAAGAAACACUGGGUUUGCCCUUGGAGCCGCUGGUAUGGGCUUUGGCAUUUGGUCCAUGUUUGGGAGGAAAUGGUACUUUGUACGGCGCCUCCUCCAAUGUUUUGUCAGCCGGCAUCGCUGAACAACAUGGCUAUAAAAUUUCAUUUACUCGUUAUUUAAAAAUUGUUUUCCCUAUGAUGUUGGGUCAAAUUACCAUAAUCACUGGUUAUUUAUUCGUCUCUCACAUUUUGUUUGAAUGGCAUUAAUUUACACUGCCUCGGACUGGCGGAUUUGGGGGAAGUAAGAUGUGGAACAGUGUUGUGUUGGUUUUUAAGAACAGUAAAACAUAAAUGACUUAAUUUAUUUUACAUUUUUUUCAUAAACAUCUAUACAUAAAAAAUAAAAUUUACUCUAUAUAAUUAUUAUAUACAUACAUAUAAUAUGUGUGUAUAGAAUUUAUUUAAUUAUUAAAUAUUAACAAAUAAAUGUAUUU